AUUAAUAGGGGAGGGGGAACGAAUGUGUUUUGCGGGCAGUCGGAAUGAUAUUUGUGAAACGCAGGACGUGUAACAGAGGUCGCUUCCAGUAUAUCCAAAUAAUGUACGCAUGUGGGUUUUAGUUGGCUCAACAGUGGCAUUUAUAAAGGUAUUGUCUAUAAAAGUCUCCAAGAUAGCAGCGUGAGAUGAAGACAAAGAAGGCAAGUCGGUGGGAUUUAUAAGCAAAUGAUUUAAUAUGACCGGAUGUUUCAUUAGAAAGUAGCUGUUAUUUUAUUGCAGGACUCCCAGGUUGGAAGCAUUGACAGUAUAUAUAUAUAAUGUUAUAUAUAAGGGUUGAAUGAGGUUUUUAUACUGACUGGAUAUCAGUAUAGAGUCUGGACUGUCACAUAGAUUAAAUGAGGUUUCACUUUGUAGGUCUGUUCUCCUAAGAAGUGUUAGGACAACUAUAUAGUGUGUAUAUAUUAGUGUGACUGGGGCUGUGCAGAUAUCAGCAACAUGCCCCUGUCAGACUUUCUGGACGGCCUGAAGGACAACCCUUACUUUGGGGCCGGGUUUGGACUCGUUGGGGUUGGCACGGCGUUGGCAGUGGCCAGGAAAGGUGCCCAGGUGGGAAUGAUCUUCUUCCGCAGGAACUACAUGAUCACUCUGGAGGUCCCCAGCAGGGAUAAGAGCUACCACUGGCUGCUGAGCUGGAUCACCAAGCACGCCAAGCACACCCAGCACCUGAGCGUGGAGACCUCCUACCUGGCACAUGAGAGUGGACGGGUCCACACGCAGUUUGACUUCCACCCAAGCCCUGGGAACCACAUCAUCUGGUAUGGGAGGAAGUGGAUCAGGGUGGAGAGGACCAGAGAGAAGCAGAUGUUGGAUCUGAACACAGGAACCCCGUGGGAGUCUGUAACCUUCACUGCUUUAGGCAGAGACAGACAAAUAUUCUUUAAUAUCUUACAAGAAGCAAGAGAAUUGGCCCUGAAGCAGGAAGAGGGACGUACUGUGAUGUACACAGCCAUGGGUGGAGAGUGGAGGCCCUUUGGGUUUCCACGGCGGCGCAGACCCCUCAGCUCCGUGGUCCUGGAGUCGGGCGUGGGUGAAAGGAUCGUAGAUGAUGUGAAGGAGUUCAUUGGAAACCCCAAGUGGUACACAGACAGAGGCAUCCCCUACAGAAGAGGAUAUCUGCUCUAUGGUCCGCCGGGAUGUGGAAAAAGCAGCUUUAUCACGGCACUGGCGGGCGAGCUGGGCUACAGCAUCUGUCUGAUGAGUCUGAGUGACCGCACCCUUUCAGAUGACCGUCUGAACCACCUGCUGAGCGUGGCGCCGCAGCAAAGCAUCAUACUGUUGGAGGAUGUAGAUGCAGCCUUUGUCAGCCGAGACCUGCUUCCCACAGAGAACCCUCUGGCCUACCAGGGAAUGGGAAGACUGACUUUUAGUGGCCUGCUGAAUUCUCUGGACGGAGUGGCUUCAUCUGAGGCCAGAAUUGUUUUUAUGACGACCAACUUCAUUGACAGGUUAGACGCAGCACUGAUCCGACCUGGCCGUGUUGACGUGAAGCACUACAUUGGUCACUGCACUCACUGGCAACUUACGCAGAUGUUCCGGCGGUUCUACCCAGACGAGCCUGCCUCUGAAGGAGAGCGCUUUGCAGAGCGUGCGUUAGCAGCCCGCUCUGAGAUCAGUCCUGCCCAGGUGCAAGGACACUUUCUGCUGCACAAAAUGGACCCUGCAGGAUCUAUAGACAAUGUUGCGCAAAUACAAGAAUGACAGGACUGAAGACUGAUUACUGAAUAAAGAGAAACAUGAGAAACAUUAGUAAAUAUUUUUUAUUGAUCAAUAAA